AUGGUUCUGCUGGUGGCAGUAGCCGAAGUGCUGUUGGUUCUGUGUUUGGCUGUGGAGUCGGACUCUCUCUGCUCACCCACUACCUUUUACAAGAACUGCUGGAUCCGACGCUUCCCAGGUCUUCUGAUUGACCUGCGGGAAUCACAGAAGAGGGGAGCCCAGGUGCUGAAGAUUUAUGCAGAAGUCUCACCCCAACAGUGCAGCAGAACCUGCUGCCUUCUGAGGAAUGUUUCCUGCAAUCUAGCAGUGUUCUACCAUGGAGCCAUUCAUGAGAAUAUGAAUUGCCUGCACAUGUCUUGCCCAGCAUUGGAAAGCUGCAUAUUAAAGGCUCGAGUCAAUGUCAUUUUGUACAACAUCACAACAGGGAUUGAUCCAGAUCUUCUUAUUUUUGAAAAACUGACAUCCAAAGAGCCACAUACUCACUCCACACCGAGUAAAUAUGAAAGUCAAAACAGCACAAAGUCCACCAAGUGGGAAAGAUGCCAGCAUCAUAAUGCCACGUCGAGCUCUCUUCUGCUCCAAGCUCCCUCUUCUACCACCAGCCACAGCUUAACAGCAAACACUUACACCUCCAGCACAAGCCUGACAGUCCAAAAACCUGAGGUUACUACUUAUUCCAGGGCAGAAACUUUUCCACCAGAUGAUCAUUUUGCUAAGAGGACAUGCACAACUUCAGUAAGCACUAUGUCAACCACCAGCUCAGACAAGAAGGCUGCACGCUCAACUUUGAUAUCAAAGUCUGCCAAGGUAUUAUCCCACAUGCCCACUCCUCCUCGUCUGAACAGCAGUAAGCAACACUUAAAUGAAACCAAAGGCUACAGUGGUAGGAAUUAUACUUCGGAUAAUGAGGCACCUGCUUGGGAAGCUGCAGCCUUGGGUGUCUGGUUGAUUCCUGUUGUUUUUUGCUCUUCUCUCAUCUUCCUUUGCUGUUGUACUGUUGCUUUCACAGCAGGGCGUUGCAGCAAUAGGAGAGGUCAGUAUAAGCCGAUAAGGAGAAGAGGAGCAAUGUCGAGACAAUUCAUAAAAUAUACUGCUGUCAAAGGUGAUUUGUAAAAUACUGUCACCAUCCUUGUUUUGGAACAAAUAGUUUUUUCAAAAUUAAUCAUAUAUACCAACUUAUUUCUUUUACAAAACCAAAGAUAAUUUUUUCACUGAUGGUUUCAGAAUCUUUCAGUUGUAAUUUAAUUCUUGACAGAUGAAACAAUUCCCCUGUCUCUUUAGGUAAGAAGUACACACUCAUAGCUCCCACUGCAUGCUCAGAGGUGUUUGAGCACAUUUUGGCUCAAAAUCCGACCCAGACUAAUGCCUAACAAACAGUAUACACUUUCCUUAACUUAAGAGAGCAGAUUCACUGCAGCUGUACGUAUCCUCUCCCCUGACUUUGAACUAACCUGAGAAAAUUAAGUAUAAGUGUAAUCAGUAAAACCGACCAAAGUUUUAUAGUAUCAUAAAAUCAUUUAACCCUAAUCAUCCUUUAAUUGCCUCAGAUCUCAUUGUUUCUAUAAAAACUAUCCAUUUUUUUCUCCAAGUUCUAGAUUUACCUUUUUUCCUCAUUUAUCCCUAAUAUUGAGACAAAACAAUUUUAGCCAGCACUCUUUACUCCUUCAAAGAAAAACGCCAAAAAGAACCCA